AUGAACAGAAUCAUAUCGGCGCUUUUAUUUCUGCCUCUGGGCAUAAUAUUUGUCUGCGAAGGAGGUAAGAACGUGAUGGGACAGAAGUUAUUAAACUUUGAUGCAGUUAAAAUGUGUUCGUUUGAACAUAUCACAUUUGCAACGUGUUAAUAAAAUGUCUAAACAUUUUAUUGAAUCUUCUAACCAUUUUUCAAUCAGCUAUCGAAGCAUUAUGAGUUUCUUUUUCUUUUUAGGCUAUAUCAAAAGACAUAUAUUUUGGAUUUGAUAGCCUAUGCUAUAUUUGGAUAUAUAGGCCUAUCUAUGUGAAUGAUUUGAUGCAGUAUGUAGGUCUAUAUGUACAUAGAAAUGAUCAGAUAAUUACAUGUUUUUGUGAUCAUAAUUUAUUACACUCAGUCUAAUCUAACCAAAAAUGUGUCUAUGCAGGCAACCCUUGCUGUUCGCAGCCAUGCCAGAACCGCGGCGUGUGUACGGCAAUGGGCGCAAACGACUAUGAGUGCGACUGCACACGGACUGGAUUCUAUGGCCACAACUGCACACAACGUAAGUUACAUCCAAUAUAUACUGAUAGCUAUAUAACAAUCAACAUAAAAAAAACCUCCGUCUUUUCUCUCUAGACACUUAAUUAAUAUGCUUUUAUUUGGAUUUGACAGCUGAAUUUUUUACGUGGAUUAAAGUGUCUCUGAAGCCGACCCCCAACACAGUGCAUUACCUCCUCACCCACUACAAGGGGCUCUGGAAUAUCAUCAACAGUAUUUCAUUCCUCAGGGAUGCUAUCAUGAGAUAUGUUCUGACAUGUGAGUUGAGUUCAAUAAUGUCAUAGUCUUCAUUAGAUUUUCCCUCUUGCCAUUUGAUAAUGUCAAAAUUAUAAUAUACAAAGACAUCACUGUUUUAAUUUUGAAUUCAUGUUAAUCAAUUGUGUUCUCUCUCUCUCUCUCUCUCUCUCUCUCUCUCCAGCUCGCUCUCAUCUGAUCGAUAGUCCACCGACCUUCAAUGCGGACUAUGAUUAUAAAAGCUGGGAAGCCUACUCCAACCUGUCAUACUACACACGCACACUCCCUCCUCUGCCCAAGGAUUGCCCAACCCCUAUGGGAGUCGUAGGUAAGCCCUCUCUCUGUCUCUCUCUCGCUCGCUCUCCAAACCUGUUCUCUCAGAUAAAAAAAGAAGCUGGCUAACCUUCAUGACAUCAUGCACAUGCCUGACAGUCCUUUGUAGCGUAGAGUUUACUAUGAGGCCAAAUCACAACACAUUCAUACUCACUGAGCCCCACCGACAUUCUUGUGGCAUUCCCAUGUAGUGAUUGUAGCCUACUAAUUGGAAUGAGAAAGGAAGUUUCAACACAGAGAUUUUGCAAUGGCUGAUAUAGGGCAACACCUUUGAUACUGUUACCUCACAGAGGCUUGCUUUUGGUUUGGUGGACAUAGGAUCAGGUUAGGUUGUCUCCAUGCAAAAUGUUCAUUUGAAAGAUCUAAAGAAAAUCAAAAGAAAUAUAACUAAGUAAUUGAUAAGUAAUUCUCAUUUUUUUUUAAAUAUAUAUAUUUUUUAAACACUGUCCAAGUAAAAGCUCAAAUUGAAAGCGAGCGUCUUUAAAUUGACACAUGUUGUUUUUCUCCAUGCAGGUAAGAUGGAGCUACCUGAUGCUAAGAUGCUGGCUGAGAAGCUCCUGAUCAGGAGGAAAUUUAUUCCCGACCCCCAGGGUUCCAGCCUGAUGUUUGCCUUCUUCGCCCAACACUUCACCCACCAGUUCUUCAAAUCUGACCAGAAGAUGGGGCCGGCAUUCACUAAAGCCAAGGGCCACGGGGUGGGUAGAGCAUAUACAUGUAUGCAUAACUACACAGCACAACAACAACACACAACAGACAUGCACUGAACAAUACAACAUGGUUUCACCCAGAGAGUGAGUUAACUGGAAGAAAGACGUACACGUAUGUAUGUAUGUAGGCCUAUGUGACUGAUUUCAAUGCUUGUUUUCCAGGUGGACCUUGGUCACAUCUACGGUGAAAACCUUGAGAGGCAACACAAACUGCGGCUCUUCAAGGAUGGCAAGCUGAAGUUUCAGGUACUGAACAGAUCUUGUCAACCAUAACUCACCUUGAAACAGAUACUGUUUGUCACAGCUCCAGCUGAUGGUCUCUUCUCUCACCUUUGCUUUCUAUAGGUGCUGGAUGGAGAGGUGUACCCACCUACGGUGAAAGAGGUAGGGGCUGAUAUGCACUACCCUCCGCAUGUCCCUGAGUCUCACCGCUUCGCUGUGGGCCACGAGGCGUUCGGCCUGGUGCCUGGUCUCAUGAUGUACGCUACUAUCUGGCUGAGGGAACACAACCGCGUUUGUGAUGUCCUGAAGGAGGUCCACCCGGACUGGGAUGAUGAUAGGCUCUUCCAGACAUCGCGCCUCAUUCUCAUUGGUGAGUAGUCUAAUCGAGCAGCAUGUGAAAAAAGAGGUAUAGGACUUGCCGCUCAUUAUUUUCUAUUUAUUUUAACCUUUAUUUAUCAUAUGGGACUCAUGUGGUCAGAUCCAGCCGAUCUUACAUAGUAUCUGUAUUGACAUUGUGUAUUUUAACUUGUGCCCAUCAAAUAUUGUAGGUUAGCUCAAUUUGCAAACAGUAGUUCUUUGUUUCUAAAAUAGAGACAUCUAGAUCCAAUAUUUGAUUCUAUUGCGCGCUAAUGAAUUCAUUUACAAUAGUGCUCAGUGUUUUCACUUCCUCUGUAUGGGUCAGACCACAGGGAGUUGUCUUCUCCUUCACAUGAACUUCUCGAUAGUGAAGUGUUAAUGUCAGCUACCUAAAGUUGUCGGUCGGUCACUGUGUUAAUAUGCCUGAUUUGUCAGCAGUUUAGUGGGGUUCAAAACAGGUGGUGAGAAUUGAAAACACUCUGUGAGAUAUUAUUUUAAAAUGGACUUUAUGGAGGUUUUUAAUAACUUCUAACUGCUCUAUCUUGUAAAGACAGACUAACUAAUGGCCCCUCCCCUUCCUCCUUCCUGUAGGUGAGACCAUCAAGAUAGUGAUUGAGGACUAUGUACAACACCUGAGCGGCUACCACUUCAAGCUGAAGUUCGACCCGGAGCUUCUCUUCAAAGAGCGUUUCCAGUAUCAGAACCGCAUCGCGUCAGAGUUCAACACUCUGUACCACUGGCACCCCCUGAUGCCCGACGCCUUCCACAUACAGGAGCAGGUCUACUCAUACCCGCAGUUUGUCUUCAACACCUCCGUGGUCACCACACACGGCAUCUCCAACCUGGUGGAAUCCUUCACCAAGCAGAUCGCUGGACGGGUAAGAGACUCUCUCUGUGUGGGAUUUAGGUUGUACGCUGUGGGAUCUGAGUGGCUGCUUGAGGUGGCUGAAAUAUGGGUGAAUGGUAAUGUUGCAUGUUAUUGUGAUUUUAAGCAAACUUAAUCCAACUAUUUUACCUCAGUGCUUACCCCUGAGGGAAUGUCAGUAAUUCAAAAUAAAGAGAAACUCAUUGUUUGAGGCUGAUCGACUUACUUCCUGUCCCUCGUCCGUCCUCAGGUUGCUGGAGGUCAUAACGUCCCCCCUGCAGUGCUGAUGGUGGCUCUGAAGUCCAUAGAGAACAGCAGACAGAUGCGCUACCAGUCCCUCAACGCCUACAGGACACGCUUCUCCAUGAAGCCAUACGCCUCCUUCGAAGACCUCACAGGUGAGAGAACCACCAUUAGCGUCACAGCUAUAACGUAAACACCGAUCACCCUUUAAGCAUUGGGAUUGAGUUAAAUUAUUAUGUAGUGAUGAAUUUAGUGUAAUUCACUUGUAACAAUAGAAGGUGUAACAUCCUGCUAUCCUGUUUUCAAGGGAUGGACAGGAAAUCGUUCAAACCACUAAGACUGGUACUAAAUAACUCUAAUAACUAAAGGUGUCUCUAGCUGUCACUGAUACUAUGUCAUAGUUUGCAUUUUAGCUGUGACGUUUUUGAAAACUGUUUGAAAUAGUAAUAAAACUGACAUGGGCAGAUAGAUCCUGUGGCUGUAAGUUGUAUUGGAGCAAGCCUACAGCGGGGCAAACCGAUGUGCACUUUAGUUCCUGAAAGGAGUUAUUGAGUGCCAGGUCUAAACAAACAGGGGAGUGUUUGGGGGGUUGACAGGCUCUGCACUGCCUCACAGAAAGAGGAAGCUUUUUUUUAAAUAAGAGUGUGAGAAUUAACCAGAAGGGUGUGUGUGUGUGUGAGAGAGAAAGAGAAAGAGAGAGCGUGAGUGAGACUGUGUGAGAGAGUGACUCAGCCAGACUGAGUAACUAACGGAACAUUUCCCUCUGUGUGUUUCUCAGGGGAAAAGGAGAUGGCUGCAGAGCUGGAGGAGAUGUAUGGGCAUGUGGAUGCUGUGGAGCUCUACCCAGGUCUGCUGGUGGAGAAGCCCAGAACCAACGCCAUCUUUGGGGAGACCAUGGUGGAGAUGGGAGCCCCCUACUCUCUGAAAGGCCUGAUGGGAAACCCCAUUUGCUCACCAGAGUACUGGAAGCCCAGCACCUUCGGCGGGAGCGUUGGCUUUGACAUCAUCAACACCGCGUCCUUACAGAGGCUGGUGUGCAGCAACGUCAAGGGCCCCUGCCCUGUGGCGUCCUUUCAUGUGCCCGACGUAAAAGACAAUGGAUCCAAUACCAUCAAUUCCAGUACAGCACAUUCGGGGAGCAACGAUGUCAACCCCACAGUACUUCUGAAAGAAAGGACCGCUGAGCUCUGA